UAAUGAAAGUAGAUAAGCUCAAAUAAGUCAAUUCAAAUGUGUGUGAAAUUUGACAGAUUCUACACUGAAUGCCUUGGCAUGAAGCUGUUAAGAAAACGUGAUAUACCAGAAGACAAAUACUCAAAUGCUUUUCUUGGAUACGGGCCUGAAGAUUCCAGUUUUACGGUUGAACUUACUUAUAAUUAUGGAAUGGAUAACUAUGACAUUGGAACUGGUUUUGGUCAUUUUGGUAUUAUAGCUGAAGAUGUUUCCAAGACAGUAGAUAUUGUAAAGGCGAAAGGGGGAAAGGUUACAAGAGAACCAGGGUCUGUCAUAGGUGGCUCUAUAGUAACUGCUUCCGUUGAAGAUCCUAGUGGUUAUAGGUUUAAGCUUUUGGAGAGAAGAACUACUCGUGAACCCUUAUGCAAAGUGAUGCUUCGAGUAGGUGACCUUGAUCGUGUCAUAGCCUUCUAUGAAAAAGCUGUUGGCAUGAAACUUCUCCACAAGAUAGACAACCCUGAGGAAAAGUACACAGUAGCCAAGUUGGGAUAUGGUCCUGUUCUAGAACUGACGUAUAACUACGGCGUCACUAAUUAUGACAAAGGAAAUGGCUAUGCACAGAUUGCUAUAGGCACGGAUGAUGUCUAUAAGACUGCAGAAGCAAUCAAAUCAUGUGGAGGGAAGGUUAUCCGCGAACCUGGACCCUUACCUGGUAUCAACACCAAGAUCGUUGUUUGCUUGGACCCUGAUGGUUGGAAAUUGGUAUUUGUUGAUAAUGUUGAUUUUCUGAAGGAACUAGAGUGACAAUAGCAUGGUUGUAGCUAGAUCCUACACUUCUUCAGUAAACUUAUAGUAGGC